GGCUGGGCUGGGCUGGUCGGGGUGGGCCGGCGCUCAGGGCGGCCGCGAUGGCUGAGCCUCCAGCUCCUGCUCCUGCUCCUGCUCAGGCGGCGGCCGAGGGCGCUGGGGAGCCACAGCAGUCCCCGGCCGGCAGCAGCCCCGAGCCCGGCUCGCCCGAGCCCGCGCCCUUCUUCCUGUUGUACCCGGGCGAUGGCGGCGCGGGCCCGGGGGCGCGGCCCCCCCACCAGCCGCCCCUGCAUCCACAGCCCCCGCCACGGGGCUGGAGGACGCCGCCGUCCCCGGGCUCGCCCCUGCCCUUCCUGCUGCUGAGCUCCCCGGCGCCCGGCGGCUCCAAGCCCCACUCUUGGGAGGAUUUGACAGAGUUGGUGGAGCAAAUACGUGGCGAUACAGAAGAUCCCAAUUAUCUGAUGGCUAACGAGCGAAUGAACCUGAUGAACAUGGCCAAGCUGAGUAUCAAGGGGCUGAUCGAGUCGGCGCUGAACCUGGGGAGGACCCUGGACUCCGACUACGCCCCUCUCCAGCAGUUCUUUGUGGUCAUGGAACACUGUCUGAAGCAUGGCUUAAAAGCCAAGAAGACUUUUCUUGGACAAAAUAAAUCCUUCUGGGGCCCACUGGAGCUGGUGGAAAAGCUUGUUCCUGAAGCCGGAGAGAUAACAGCCAGCGUCAAAGAUCUUCCAGGUCUUAAGACACCUGUGGGCAGAGGGAGAGCCUGGCUCCGCUUGGCGUUAAUGCAGAAGAAGCUCUCGGAAUAUAUGAAAGCCCUGAUCAAUAAGAAGGAGCUUCUCAGUGAAUUCUAUGAGCCCAAUGCCCUGAUGAUGGAAGAGGAAGGGGCGAUCAUCGCCGGUUUGUUAGUGGGUCUGAAUGUCAUUGAUGCUAACUUCUGCAUGAAAGGAGAAGAUCUGGACUCCCAGGUUGGAGUUAUAGAUUUUUCAAUGUAUCUCAAGGAUGGGAACAGCACUAAAGGUAGUGAAGGAGAUGGCCAAAUUACUGCUAUUUUGGACCAGAAGAACUAUGUGGAAGAACUCAACAGACAUUUGAACGCAACAGUAAACAACCUUCAGGCCAAAGUGGAUGCUUUAGAGAAGUCUAACACUAAGCUGACUGAAGAGCUGGCAGUUGCCAACAACAGGAUCAUCACACUCCAAGAGGAAAUGGAACGUGUCAAAGAGGAAAGUUCGUACAUAUUGGAAUCCAAUAGAAAGGUCACCAAGCAAGAGAGAACUGCAGAUGGGCAGGCACUGAGUGAAGCCAGAAAACAUCUAAAAGAGGAGACACAAUUACGUUUGGACGUGGAAAAAGAAUUGGAGGUGCAGAUCAGCAUGCGACAGGAGAUGGAGUUGGCCAUGAAGAUGCUCGAGAAAGAUGUGUGCGAGAAGCAAGAUGCCCUCGUGUCUCUGAGGCAGCAGCUGGAUGAUCUCAGAGCCCUGAAACAUGAGCUUUCCUUUAAGCUGCAGAGUUCAGAUUUGGGAGUCAAACAAAAAAGCGAAUUGAACAGUCGUUUGGAGGAGAAGACCAAUCAGAUGGCUGCUACCAUUAAACAACUGGAACAGAGAUUGCGCCAGGCUGAGCGAGGCCGCCAGUCUGCCGAGGAGGACAACCGCCUUUUCAAGCAGGACUUUGGGGACAAGAUCAACAGUUUGCAGCUGGAAGUGGAGGCGCUCCUCAGGCAGCGGAGCCAGCUUGAGCUAGAGCUGAAACGGGAAAGAGAAAGAAGACUACAAGAUAGUCAGCAUGCUCCAGAGAAAACCCCACCGAAGGCAGAGCCCAAAAUGGACGGGAAGCAUAAAAUCCAAGAGGAAAAUGAUCAACUAAAAAAGCCCUUGGAAGAAGGCCACACAAUUCUCCCUACCAAACUGCAGCCUCCCUCUGACGAUCAGCAGGAUCAGCCGUCCCAGUUGGUAAUGCCACAGAGGUGUCAGCUGUGCCAUGAGGAGGGCAGCAUGUCCAAGAACGUGUGCAAGAAUUGCGGCGGCACCUUCUGCGAGGCCUGCUCAGCCAGCGAGCUGCCGCUUCCUUCCAGCAUCCACCCCGAGCGAGUUUGCAACCCUUGUCAUGACCUCCUGUUGAAGCAGUACUCGGUCAGCCCAUCUUAAGUCUGGGGACCAGGAUGGGGACAGAUGAUUGCUUCUUCUGGGGCUGGUGUACACCUGGGCUAAGGGUCAGGGUAUUGCACCACAGGCCAAACCUUAGAAUCAGCCGGGACUUGGAGAGGAAGAGCCUUUGAAAUCAUGGAAGCCAGGCAGGGAUGGUAGGUGUUAGGAGUGCCCCAGACGGCCUUCCCUCCUCGCAAAGUGAUGACAAAUAAAAGUUCGGUUCUCCUGUCUCCUCCAGAGGGCCCUCCCUCCAAGAGUAUAUUUAUUGUACAAAAUUACUUUAGAUGAUCGGAUUAGCUUAGGGUGACUUCAUGAAGGAAUUGUUCAAACCACAAGAGAAACAUGAUUUAGCGUGUAUGACAGCCGAGCUUCCUUUAGACCUGUUGAAUUGGCAGGUCUAAGGAAGAGCAAAUGAUAAAGGUCACUUUUUCUACCACCAAAUGCUGAUGAGUUCAUUUUCCCAUUCUCUAAUCAUCUUUGUCAAACUGUGAACUUGACCUCAGGGAUACUGGUUAUAUAUUCUGAAUGUACUUGGCACAAGGUGGUGAUUUCUUUAAUCUACUUUUAGCACCAAGAGGUUCCUGCUGUUGGCCUAAAUUCUUUCUGCCAGAACAGCAAAAGUAAAGUGAGGAUAAAGUUAGGAAUAUGGCUACAUCUUAUUCCCCAAAUCCUUACCUCCCCUGGAGUCACCUGUCGGCCAACCUCUUAAUUUCAAAAAGCCAGUCCCACAUAAAAAGGAUAUUUGACUCCAGUGUCCUCAACAACACCUGUUGGGGUUGGAAAUUAUGGGGAGUCCUUACGGAGGUGGGGACUAUAAGUGUGAAAGGUCACACUGUUGGCUUUCCUUUCCUAAGCUUUGUUAUAGAGGACCGCUCACCAGGGCUAAGAGAGGGAUCCAUUCAGAAACAAAGGUAAAAUGAAAAGGCAUCAGUUGAAAAGUGUAGGGAGGGUAAGUACAAGGACUUUAGCUGGAAUAGAGAACUAGCCUUGGUUCAACCCAUAUUUCAUUUGUUCACAGCUGAGAGUGAAUGGCUCUGAAAUAACGGUGACUUCAAGCCGAUCUGAGAGUCCCUUUCUCUGUGCUGGGCCAGUGUUUUAGAAACAUAAAACAUGUUGUAAGAGCACACAAGAGUUUGGCCUUAGUGGUCCCCUUUAUUUGAUGGCUCGAUGAGACAGUAGUCCUGCAACCCUUGGUAGAAAGGAGGUAGAGCGUGGAAUGUUUUCCAUGUAGAAAAUGUGUCGGACAAUUGUGAGAGCUAGAGCAUUUAGGUGAUCUUGUGUCAUCUGCAGUCUGAGAAGCAGAAUGAACAUUCUACUUGGAAUUAGAACGCUUGAGAAAUAACUUAGUCCGGGGAUGCUUUAAAAAAAAAAAAUCCAAUUUUCUAGAAAGGAUAUGCGGUCUGAGAAGAGUAGUUAUUUUUUUAAAGAGGGUUAAGAAAAUUCCUUAGAAAACUAACAGUGCCGCUUGGUAAGGUUGGCAUUUGAGAUGACUGAGGGAAGAGAAGACUGGCCCAGGAUUUUUUUCUCCCUUUGUGUUUAUUACUACUCGAUUUUCUGUCUAGGCUUCUUGGGAAUGGGAUCUGUCAGCCCUAAGAAGGAGGUAGUGAAUUCCUCAUUCAGGGCCUAUAUCUAUUCAAUGAGGUUUUGUUUUGAUUUUUUUUUUUAAAUAAAGCCCCUAAUGGAAUCUGGGUGAUGGUUAUUAGUACAAUAUUUUAAAGAAACAAACUGAUUAGCAUUACUAGCAAUACUGCCUUUCUUUGGAAGAAUUAAAAUACAGAAUGUGACACCUAGUUCAGCCUAGUGGAGAUCCAGAAUUGACUGAAGCCCCUGAACUUUGCAGCAAAUUGCCCCAAGUUAGAUUAUCUCCAAUAAAGGGUUGGCUUGCCAUACGUAGGGGUGGUGGGGGUGGGGGACCUGCAUCCCUCCACAGGUCUAAUCUGGCUCCAUUUUGUAUUAGAUGACCUGCUGCCAGUGCAGGGUCUGUAGUGCCCAUUAAAAAGACCUUAUGAAAUGAAUUGACAACUAAAGGAAAAUUCUUGCUUUUAUGUGCAGAAGCAGUUUAUUCUGAGUUUCUAAACUCUGAAAAUCUCUUCUGGAUUAAAUCUCUCCAACUGAUUCUUGUAGAAAAAAAUUUUAUCUCCACAAGCAAACCCAAGGAUUACUGAUGUCCCUAUCUGCCUCCCCGCCCCAAUCCAGUAUUUUGACAAUUAGGUGUAUCAGAGUUGCACUGACUAAAUAAACUUUAAAAAAAUUUUAAUUCCUUUUUUUUAAACAAAUUGCCCUUGUUCCCUUCAUUCAUUGAUCUACCUGCUUGAUCGAGGACCCCAAAUCCAAAGAUCUCAAAUGCUCCUAAUAAAAGUAGCCAUUUAUGGUCUUAGAGUAACAGAGUGUCUGAGUAGGCCCCUGGGGGGGGCUGGCCGUGAAGGUUGUUGAGGCUGUCAUUGCUGCAAAAACUGGAGUGAAGCUUAUUAGAAGAGGAAUGAAGCUGGCCCUUCAAUAUUCCAGUGUGUGUGAAUGAAAACUGCUCAUUGCCUAAUCCCCGGGAGGGGUUUUCUCCACUUCUGGUCUAGUAGACUCAGCAAUACCGUUGUAAGUCAGCUAACUCACAGGCUCAGUCAGAUCUCAGGGUUCCUUUUGGCAGCAAGGAUUCAUGUAGGUUCUGGGUGGGCUUCAAGGGUGUUCCCUAGACUUGCUUGAAUUUGAAGGCUGUAGAAGAAUUUUGUCCUUAAAUAAAUUUAUUUGGCGAUUAUGUUUCCUGA